GUAACCCAUUUAGAUCAUGGACGACGGGUCAAGGAAAAGAUCCUACAACGAUCACAGUACAGAAUACAACUUGGAUGAAAAAAUAGCAGCUUUAAGAUCUGUACUUGGAGAUCAUGUACCAAUCUCUCAUCUACAACAACUAUUAUCUCAACACAAAGGCAAUCUCGAACUGGCUGCAAAUUCUUACUUCAUCAACCCAAUACCCUCAACUCCUAUCACUAAUUCGAAUCCAUUUCUCUCGCCCCAAAGAAAAACGAAGACACAAUCAAAGAAACCUACGUCAAGUCGAUACUAUAUUGGUGAUACAGUGGUAACAGGCUGGGCUACUUUUAGUGGUGUCAAUCCUCUUCGGCAAGGCAGUCAUGUAAUCAUUGAACGCAACAACAAGAUCAUUACGACGACAAAGUCUAACAAACGGAAUAGAACUCAGACCACCCAAAACAAUAUUGUUCGAUUUUCAACGGAUUCUGGAAGUGAAAUAGGACGAUUGCCAAGAGGUGUAGCGAAGUUUGUUUCAAAACUGAUGGAUUUGGAGCUAUGUGAUUUUGAAGCAAGUGUCGUUUGUUGUAACCGCGUACUCAAGACAGGCGAUGAUAUCCUACUGCAUAUGAAAUGUUAUAUACGGGAAUCGGCUUUUGGAACUGAUCAUACGACUCUUUCUGGAUUACCAUCAUCGAUUUCUCGGCAGACGUCAUUUUUCACCAACAAUAAUCAGCUUGAUGAUGAUACCGAAUUGAUUUCUCGUGAGCGUACUUUGGCAUUACUCUCUCUUAUUCGAACUUUGGGAUUACGACCUUCUCGAUCAGCGGUACGGCACUCCAAUAUCGAUUCUAAUGCUGGUGAUGAUGUUUACGAUCAAAUCACGCACUCCAUUAUGACAGCAUCAACAGUGACGGAUUCCAAAAUGACAACAUCUGAUGACGAUAAUGACAAUAAUGAUGAACAAAAGGAAGUUACUGAUGGGCAAUUAGAUACAAUUUAUGAAAAAGCACAAUUUUUCGAUGCUCAAAUCACUCCUAUGAAACAACCUGAUACCCUUACUUUGACUCUGAAACCAUAUCAACAACGAGCAUUAGCAUGGAUGGUGACAAAGGAAUCAGUCAAUCAUGAUGAAGAUCAAAUUGAUGUAAGAUCUAUGCAUCCUUUAUGGGAAGAAUAUCGUUUUCCAACAGAUCCUGAAUUUCCAAAUGGCAAUCAAUCUAUCAGUCACUUUUAUUUUAAUCCAUAUAAUGGACAACUUGAUUUGAAAUUCCCAGAAACAAACUCUCAAGAACGUGGCGGUAUCUUGGCAGAUGAAAUGGGAUUAGGCAAAACUAUAGAAAUGCUUAGUUUGAUUCAUACCAAUCGAUUUGUACCUGGUAAAAUGUCUCUAGAAAAUGAUUAUAGUUCACCUACUACUUUGAUUAUAUGUCCUAUGGCUCUUCUUGCUCAAUGGCGUGACGAAAUUACUAGAAGUAGUGCUCCAGAUUCUCUGAUAGUGGAAGUUUACUAUGGUGGAUCAAGACCUCAAGAUUUCAGACAACGUUAUUGUUCUGAUUCUGCCCCAGAUGUACUAGUAACCACUUAUGGCGUGAUUAUGUCAGAAAUGAAUCGACCGGAAAAUGGUGGUGAAAUGACCCUCUUCAAUGUGAACUUUUGGCGGAUUGUUCUGGACGAAGCUCAUCACAUCAAGAAUAGACUCAGUAAAACUGCCAAAGCAUGUCAUCUACUGAAAUCAAGACGACGUUGGGCUUUGACUGGGACUCCAAUUCAGAACAAAAUGGAAGAUUUAUUUUCUUUGGUUCGAUUUCUCAAAUGUGAACCAUGGGGGAAUUAUACCUUUUGGCGGACAUUUAUCACCCUUCCCUUUGAAAAGAAAGAUCCCAAAGCAUUAUCAACAGUCAAAACAGUCUUGGAACCCUUGGUAUUACGACGAACAAAGAAUAUGCGUGACGGAAAUGGAAACCCAAUUGUUCCUCUACCUGAAAAGCAAAUCAGCAUAGAAUAUUUGGAUUUUUCGGACCCGGAAAAGGACAUCUAUGAAUCAUUGUUCAAGGAUUCAAAAACCAAGUUCUCCCAUUUCUGUGCUGCUGGUACAAGUCUUCGCAAUUAUGCUUCUAUAUUCCAACUUCUUUCUCGGCUACGUCAAGCUACAUGUCAUCCUUAUUUGGCCUUACGGAAAUCAACUGGUGGAAAAGACGUAUUGAACGAUGACAUUUUGAUGGAUGAUGGUGGUCGUAUCUCUAUUGAAGCUUUGAUUGACAAGUACAACCACUCUUCCAUGGAAAAUUUGACAAACGACGAUGGAUCAUCAACCGACAUGGACCGCAUGGAUAUAGAUGCUGAAGAAAAUGAUCAUCAAAAACCUGAAUCCUAUGGCAUCUCAGUUUUACGGAAUUUAUUAGAACAACAACGUGGUGUUUCUUCUUCAACAAACGAAUCUAUACCUGAUGAAUGUCCUAUAUGUUUUGAACCUGUGGAAUCGGUGAUCAUGUUACCAUGUAUGCAUAUGGGCUGCCGUCCUUGUGUGAUUGAAUAUUUACAGAAAAAAGAAAAUGAAGGUCGUCCAGGCGAUUGCCCGAUUUGUCGACAAGGUCCAGUACAUGAAAAUGAUUUACUUGAAAUCACCAAACAGGAAGAAGAUACGGAAAUGGCAUCAAAUAAACUACUGAAUAUACGACGAGCUGUAGGAGGCUACAAAUCAUCCACCAAGAUUGACGCCCUCGUUCGACAUUUGAAACAAUAUAUUCGUGAAGGACAUCGAACUGUCGUGUUUUCUCAAUUUACUGGCUUUCUUGAUAUGAUCCAAGUAGCAUUGAAAUUACAUCAUAUUGAAUAUGUUCGUUUCGAUGGUACUCUUUCUCAAGUACAACGUGAAAAGGUCUUGGCCCAGUUUACAAACAAAGAUGGUCGUACAACGGAAGAUGGAAAAUCCCCUAUGGUGAUGUUGAUCAGUUUGCGUGCUGGUGGUGUGGGUCUCAAUCUUACUUGUGCAAAUCGUGUUUUGAUGAUGGAUCCCUGGUGGAACUUUGCUGUGGAAGCUCAAGCCAUUGAUCGUGUUCAUCGUUUAGGACAAAUGGACAGCGUGGUUGUCACCAGAUUCAUCAUGAAAGAUAGCGUGGAGGAACAAAUUUUAGACAUUCAAAAUCGAAAACAUGCAAUGAUGAACGAACUCUACAUGUCCAAGGAUGAACAGAAGGCUCAACAUAUGCAAGAUCUACAACGUAUCUUCGGUGUUGGUGGAAAUAGAUAGAUUGCUUCAAACUAGUUAGUUAGCUAAUUUUGUGUAUUUGUAUAUAAAAAGCCUUUUUCUCUUGUCUGCAUAUUGGAUUUGAUCUGAAUCAUUGAUUGAUAUUAUGUUUCGUCUAAUACAAAACUGUGUAUAAUUUUUUAUUAUUGUUUUAAGAAUAAAUGAGUAGCGUGUAUGUAUCUGU